GGCUACGAUGGCAUGAAUGGCGGCUAUGCUCCUCCCCCAGGCGCAACCGCGCCGCUGCCACACAUCGAGGAUAUGGUGGCCUUUCCCCAAGACAUCAACCGGAACCAGACGAUGAAGCAUCUGCUCGAACUGGCCGAAACAACUCUGGCAAAAUCCGAAAUGGGCCGCGAAUUCGGGAAACCCGCCCUGGCCUUCAAAGAUUAUGUCAAGGCGUCGGUCAUUGCCGUGCAAAUCAUUCCUUCCCACCGUGAGUAUGUAGAGCUCAAGAGCCAUGCGCGUCCAGAGAGACAACAGCCUGUCAAUGUACAGCAACCCGAGCCUCAUACGAACGGCUCACCGGGAAAGGUCAAGCCCGUUGUGCACCCCAAGCCACAGUCUUUGGCUGGCCAUGCUAUCAAACCUGGGCACGCCCGUGCCGCCUCCGCCGCCUCAGCCAUCUCCUCGACCCAGGCCAUGUCGGAUCUUGCUGCACGCUUUGCCAACUUGCGAGGCCCUCAACCUUCUCCAGGUCAAGAUCCUCGCAUUAAGACUCACCAUAUUGUACCACCGCCUAGCAGACCUGCCGGGCCCCGAGAUAUGCCACCGCCACGCCCCAAAAUAUCGUUAGAUAGCGGAGUUCCGUCACUGCCAAAGAUGCCUGAUGCAAUUUACAGUCCUGCCCGAGGUAGCAUCUCUGGGGAAUCCUCUCGGCUUCCUCCUAGCACGCCCCGAGGCCCUUUCAGCCGGGCUGGAUCAAUUGUAUCUGUUGGCAGCGCGACAAGCACUCCCUUACCGCAGCAGCAGCAGAGCAAUGAUUAUUUUUCAUUUCAAUCACAAAGUUAUUCUAGGAACGGAAAUGGGGACGCUCCGCAGCCACCAGAGAAUAGCUUCAAAGUGCCGGAAGGUGAUAGAAUUACACCCGAAGAGCUCUUUGAGGCCAUGAAAGCAAAGGGUUCUAUUUUAAUCAUAGACGUCCGUGCUCGUGAGGACUUUGAUGAGGGCCACAUCAUGUCCUCCUCCACAAUUUGCAUUGAUCCGAGCAUCCUUUCCAGGCCCAACAUCUCUGCUGAUGAAAUAGCCGAGAGCCUGGUUCUUUCCCCGAGUCAGGAGCAAAUUCAGUUCGAAAGACGGGCCAGUUACGAUUUGGUGGUAUUUUAUGACCAGUACUCGGAAAAAAUCCCCUCUCCUUGGAAUACGGAAGAAGCUGCUCUUUUGUCCCUGCAUCGCGCCUUGGUACACCUCAGCUACGGACACGAACUGCGAAAUUCCCCAAAGCUGCUCAAAGGAGGUUUGGACGCAUGGGUCGAUCUUAUGGGCUCUGCGUCUCUGCAGUCAACGGUUCCUCCCAAACCCAAGAAGAUUUCAUUAGUUAGGCAGGGUCCGUUCCAACGGCGGCCCUCGCAGUAUCUGGGAAAGCCACUGAGGCCUGACAUUGUCAAAGUCUGGCAACAGGCUGUAGAAAUUGAAGAAAAGGAGACGGAGACGGCUACAGAGCAGGCUUUCCACCGCUCAACUGAAUCUUUCUUGCGAAGGUUCCCUUCUUUGUCUCUGCAAGAGUCAAUGACGUCGCCCGCCAUUGCUGAACAAAGAACUCCGGGCUACGGCUCGUCACACCAGGUCGACCUAUAUACCGACCUCCCUUCUCCUCCUACAAGACCAGCUCCGGCACUGCCACGAUUAAGCUACAGCAGCCUGUCCCAGACGGUCGAGGACCACGACAUGUAUCAUGAACCAGCUCCGGCACCUCCCGCGCCACCACCUUCUGAGAAAGUCUUUUACACCGGUCUAAACAACCCUCAUAAUUGGUGUUAUGCGAACAGUACUCUGCAAUCAUUAUUGGCAUCGCCUAAUUUUGGGAGAGAAUUGAGCAAUUCAGAAUGGGUUGAGAGAUACCAGGUACCAAGGAAGGAUGAUGAGAAGAUUGACCAACCGCAGUUGAUGAUUAAGAUAAUAUCAAAUCUAUUUCAUUGGAUGACGACGGGAAAGUUCAAAACCAUGAAAGCUCAGACACUAAUGGAUUACUCCCUUCAUCUUUGCCAGCACAGUCAAACUAUAUCCAAGUUUGGUGGCAAUGGGCAACAGGACGCUCAAGAGUUCAUGUCCUUUUUAUUAGACUACCUCCAUGAUGAAACUAAUUCUCGCCGAAACCUCAAAGGCAACAUUCCACAGCCAAGUACGAUUCCUCAGGCACGCUUGCAGGCUGCCGUUGAGUAUUGGAGAAACUACCAAGAGCUGAAUCGAUCUAUCGUUGAUCGCUACUGGCGAGGCCUUGAGCUCUCAACAGUCGACUGCCAACGAUGCCAUAAGCAGACGCACACUUUCUCGACGUUUGACUUGGUUUUCGCGCCCGUCGGUAAGAAUCAAGACAUCACCCUCGAGGACUCGUUCCGAGAACACAACGUUGUCAACACGCUCGACAACUUUGCAUGCGACACGUGCAAGAGAAACACAAAGGCCAUGCAAACCACUUGCUUUGCCCGCAUGCCUCCGCUGCUGUGCCUGAGUUUCCGCAGGUUUGAUUUCGACAAAUCUGUCGGAGACAUUAAGAAGUCGACAAGAAGAGUCACUUGGGACUUUAACGAGAUCGACCUCACGCCAUACUUUAUGCGGACAGGCGAAAACUCAAGCGACAGGGCUUUUUCGGGGCCGUUCAAAUACCAGUGCUACGCCGUGAUUGUUCACAGCGGCAGCAAGACUGACAACGGGCACUACUACGCUUACGUGCGAGACUCGAGCACACACGAUCAAUAUGCGUGGUACCGCUGCGAAGAUAGUCAGGUCACCAAAGUACGCAUCGGCACUGGCGAUGCGACAGACUACAAGGAGAACGUAUUCAAAUCCGGGAGAGACACGGUCCCUUACCUGGCCUUUUUCAGGAGGAAAGAUAGCUGAAUGUAGAGGGGACACGAUUUUACUUUUCCCCUUCUUCUUCUUCUUCUUCUUCCUCCUCCACGUCCACACGUUUGUUGGGGCAUAAACAUACGAAUCAUGAACAAGGGGCGGGAGAGAGCAAUAGAAGGAGAGAAAGAGAUGUGACUUGUACAUUUGUUUGCCUUUUUUCUUUUCUCUCAGUGUACUUUAGCGUUCCAACUUUUGUUUUUUCUUCAUGUAUCUCUUGUUUUCUCUACAAAUAUCCAUUGAGUAUUUCAACGCCUUUUUUUUCUUGAUAUAUAUAUACAACUUGUUCAGCCUGUACUGUUUCUUUUUUUUCUUUUCUUGAUUCUUUGUAUGCUUUUUAGUACCCUAGGAUCGGUAGGCGAAAGCAUGGCAAUGGAGUUUGCAUUGGAGCAUUUUUCUUGUGUGGUGGUUUUUAUUUGAUAUCAUAUACAUCUAUUGUACUUUGCACGAGUUAGGCUAGAAGAAGAAGAAGAAAGUUUCUAUAAUAUCAGCGAGAGGCAUCAUCACGAU